AUGAGUGUCACACAUGUGCUCCUAGGCCGACCUUGGCUUUAUGACCACCGUGUGAAAAAUUGCAGCAGAGAGAACACCUAUACUUUUCAACAUGAAGGAAAGAACAUAAUGCUAAAGCCUUCCAAUCCGACCAUCAAACCAACUAAGGAUGUUCAACCAACACUAUCAAUUAAAGAGAAGGCUUCGGAGCAUCGAUUGAGUAUUUUAUCACCUGUAGACUUUGCACAAGAACUGCAAGAAACUAGUGUGGUCUUUGUUCUCUUGUUUAAAUUGGCAUCUGACUACACCCCCACUCCACUUGCCGAACCCAUACAACAACUCCUCACUGAAUUCUCUGAUGUCAUACCUGAUGACUUACCAGAUGACCUACCUCCAUCAAGAGAGAUUCAGCAUGCCAUUGACCUAGUUUGCAAAUUCCUAAUUUUCCCCAUUAUCGUAUGA